GCCGACUUCUUCCACCCCCCGACUGGUCACCCCGCCUAAUAUAGGUAUAUUUAGUCCGCGACCUCGCAAGGCUUGUCCUUUCGGGUCCUCCAAGACCGUGAGCAUGAGAGGCAUCAGCAGCUCAAACGCCGCCGACCUACUCCGCCGACACCUCGUAGCCACUUCACGCCCAUUCCAACUGCAAGUUCCUGGCCGCCCCAGCUUCUUCUCCACAGCGACCACGAGACAGAAUAGCGCGAGCGCUGCCGCCACCACAUCAUCAGCCCCCGAUCGCCCCUUGAAGGCCUCCAGCGGAGGCCGAGGCUCGGCCAAUGUAGACUGGCUCCAGACUCCACCGAGAAAGGUGCCACCCAGCGAUCCCGCCCACACCGACGCCGCGUUCCGACAGAUAGUCCAAGACCAGACAGAACGAAACUAUGCCCCGGCCGCUCCCGCUCCAGCAAGCGCCGCUGCCGACCCGAAACUUGCGGCGGCCGCCAUGAAGCUGAGGGAGAUGGUCAAGAACGACAGCCCCGAUGCGCAGAUGGAUUCGUACCGCUACCUCACCUCCGAAAUAUACCCGCUCGUUGUAAACCGAAACGUCGAUAUGCCCGAGGGCCUUGCUAGUUCUGUGUCUAUACUGAUGAGGGGGAUCGCAAGGAGCAAAUGGGACUUUAUGCGGUCUCCCGAUCUCCCUACCGUCGGCCAGAUAUACAAGGUUUUGGCCGAGUUUGGCGAGCUCCGGCUCGAGGGGUGGGCCAUGCUCGUGGAGAACCUGAUAACCACCAUUGUCGAGAUGGACCCUCCCCGCGCUGACGGAAGGAGCUUGAGCGCCGUGGCAGUCGGCCGGUUAAGCUCCGAACUCCUCAUGAGAGAUCUCGUAGACUCUUGGAAGGUCCUCUCCUCGGUCAAGGCUGCGGCUGACCAGACCGACCCCGAUGGCUUCAACUUCCCGGUCCUUGAUGAGGCUUUGCUUGAGAGAUUCUCGCAAAGUCGCAACUUCAUUGCGGCUUUCAUGAUGCUCUUCCCCCAGCAUUCGCCCGCCGAAAUCGGUCCUCGGGUAGCCAUGUUGGGCGUAGCCACGUAUGCCCUGAUGUUCGACUCCCAGCGUAGCAACGCCAGUGCCAGACGGGACGCCACAAGCUUCGUCGGCAUGAUAACACGGCUCCUGAGGACUAUGGACUACGAUGCAAACCUGGUUCAAGAACACACCGCGAAAUAUUUACCAGGACUUACAGACUACGUCGUGGCCCAGUGGCCGAAUGUAAGCAACCGGCUACAGGCGCUCUCUUGGUUGACAGAUCCUGAGACGCAAUUCGUCAAAGACCUACCACGGACUGCUUCGGGAGACAUCGAUAUCGGUAAAUUCCAAACCCUCCUCGAAGACGCGGUUAAAACAAAGCGUCGGGACCACAUCGAUUCGCUCUGGAAGAGUUUCGUGGGACCGGACGAAGCCAUCAGCGGGGAGAAGGCCGCAGAACUUCGGGACUACCCCGAGCUGUUUGAUUCAUUUAUCCGUGCUUGGAUGAGCUUAAAUCUAGCGGGGCGGGCGGCGGCGGGGUGGAAGACCAUACCUAGGAUCGGUCUCUAUCCGACGGCUAGAACCUGGAAUGCCAUGCUGACUGGCUGCAAGGAAGCCCGUAAUCUCAACGGCAUCAGGAACGUGUGGGCAAAACUGAUGACGUCCGGAAUGCAGCUUGACACAGGCUUAUGGACGACUCUAAUAUCCGGACUUAUCCAAUCCGGUGAUAUCGAAGGUGGAAUCCAGGCGUUAAAGGAGAUGGCGAGUUUGUGGACGGAGAGCUUGGAGAAAGGUACAAAAACUGCCGUCAAGCCGACCAUCGAGCCUGUCAACGCUGCUAUCGUUGCCCUCGUGUUCCAGAGAAGGCUGGACCUUGCCGAAGAUGUUUUAGCUUGGGCCGGCAAGCGAGACAUCGCCCCCGACAUAUUCACAUUCAAUACUCUGUUGGGUAGCCUCAUUCGUAUGAAGCGGGAUAAAGAGACACGGCGCUUAUUUAAACUCAUGCAGACCCAGGGUGUACAAGCGGACGAAAAAACGUUCACGAUUGUUCUCGACGCCGCCUUUGCUGCCGUACCACCUGACAACCAAGACGAACAGGUGAAGGCGCUAACGAGUGUGCUCGACGGGAUGAAAUCGGUCGGCUUGGAACCGAACAUGCAUACCUACGGCAAAGUGAUCUUCAACCUGCUCGGAUUAGGUCGUAAAGGCGUCGAGGUUGUCGACGUCAUGCUCAACUACCUAAAGGCCGAGGGCCACACGUUGUCACCAUAUAUUCUUACGAUGCUAGUAGAUCACUACUCCAAUCAGGUCCCACCGGAUUUGGAUUCCAUCACCGCGCUACUCGCGAUGUGGAAACCGCCCAUCGCUAGUAUGGACAUCAUCUUCUGGGAGCGCCUCAUAAGGGGUUACCUGAGGGUGUCCUCCCCGAGCGCCCUAGACGCCGCCUACGAGAUAUACCUUGCGGUUAGCCGUAGUGGCGUCUUCCUCGGCCUCGACACGCAUAUAGACCUGUUGAACCAAUUGCUCCGGGAAGAGCGUAUUGGGGACGCGCAAGACCUCGUGUGGUUAGCGGAGUCGGAGGUAGAGAAGCGAGAAUCGCGGUACGGGGGCAAGCUUGAGAAGGUCUGGGGCCACCGCUUCUGGAAACUGGCGCGGCAGAACAACCUUCUCCGUCCCGAUAACGACGCCCCCGCUGCCGCCCCGGGGCAUCAGCCCGACUCGGUGAGAGAUCCUAGGGUCGUCGCGUAGAGGAUAUAUGCGCACACUCGAGGUAUCGCGGGGAUGGUUGUAGUAGUAUGGCGUAUGUAACACCUGUAAAUCGACCCCCACGACCUCAACCUCUAUUAGAAACCUAUUGUAAGACACGUCCGAUGUGGCAUCAAUGUGUAGAUAGCGAUGGAGCAUCUUCCCUAGGGUAAAGAAAAACGAAACACGCUCCUGCAAGGGCACAAGUUCUAACGGCUGCAGUUCUUCCUCUGCUCUUCUCCCCUCCCGCCUCCCCUUUCUC